AUGCCCGCGAUUCCUUCUACACUCCCUCCUUCCGUGGAGGAGGCCUAUCGUCGAAAAUGUGUUCAGCUGAAGAACCGCACCAAUGAAGUUGAAGACGCCAAUGAUGCCGCUCGACUUCGUCUUGCUCGUAUCAAGCGCCAGGUUGAAAAGUUGCGAAUAGAGCGCGCUUUUCUCCUCGAACAGCUCGCAAAGCGCACGAGCGCAAAUGUCGAGGAUUCAGACGGCAGCCCAAGCCCACCCCCUACGGCACCAGUCGCUGCCUCUUUUACCAACACCGCCGGCUCCCCAACCUCCGAAACCUUCUCACACCCUCCAGAAAGCCAACCCAAGCCGGCUCAUGCCAACGGUAUCUCUGCGAGCGAUUCCAAGAAGCCCACCAGUGCAUUUGAGCUGUUUUGCUCAGAAACACGGCCUGGUCUCGAGAGCAAGGAAAAGGACAGCGAGAUCCCUUUGAACAUUGAGGAUGAGCUCGCUCGUGUCUGGAAGGGUCUCUCGGAUGGUGAGAAAGAUGAAUACGAGGCAAGAUUCGAACUUGCGAUGGCCAAGAACGAUGAGUCGAAGAAAAGCCCCGCAUCUGACAAGAAGGAUGAUAAGCCUGCUGAGCCCAAGCAACUCGUUCAGGACGAGGACAUAGAGAUGGGUGAUGACACUGAGGAUCAAGAUACACAGGCUGGCGAGAAAGUCGAGUAA